AUGAACUCAGCAGCUAUAGAAGUUAUUACCAAAUUAAAAAAAGACGAUGAGAGUAAUAAUAAAUGUUUUGAUUGUGGAGCCCCAAAUCCUGAUUGGGUAUCAGUAAAUCAUGGAAUAUUUUUAUGCAUUAACUGUUCAGGUGUCCAUAGAAGUUUGGGGGUACAUAUAAGUGUAGUAAGAAGUAUAAAAAUGGAUAUAUUUACAGAUGAGCAACUAAAAUAUAUGGAUAAAGGUGGAAAUAAAAAAUUUCAAAUAUAUUUAGAAAAUUAUGGAAUUAAUGAUUUUAUUCCUGAAAGAAAAUAUCGAACAAAAGCAGCUGAUCAUUACAGGCAAAUUAUUCGAUCGCUUGUUAAUAACUCUAACCCUCCAUCACCAUUACCAUUAGAUGAAGGGAAAAGUAUUAUUAAUUAUGGAAUAAAUGAAAAUACAAAUUAUAAUGAUAAUAAAAAUUCUAAUUCAAAUAUAAAUUAUGAUCAAAAUUUUGUAAAUUCUAUAAAUACAACUGAAAUUUUGGAGAAUGUUAGUGCAACAUUUUCAAAUCUAAUCAAUAAAGCACAAACUAUGACUACUAAUACAAUUAAUACUUUAAAUAAAAAUGAUAUUAUAGAAACCACAAAAGACACACUAAUUAGUAGUAGUAGUUGGAUUACCGAAAAAACCAAACAAAUUGCAGAAAAUGUAAGUGAAAAUCCAUGGUGGGAAAAAGGUCAAAGUAAAAUUAAGGAUGCCACACAAAAUGCAAGUGGAUGGAUUUCUAGUAUAUCAUCAACUGUUUCAAGAACAAAUAGUAGUUUAUUUUUUUCAAAUAACGAUAAUGCAAGCAAUAACAACGGGUCUGGAACUAUGCCAAACACCUCAAAUAUUAAUGGAAAUGGCACAAAUGAAGCAUAA